AUGUCAACUGAAGAAUACAAAAACGUCCUUUUAUUACCACAAACCAACCAAUUAUUAGGUUUAUACUCCAUCAUCAGAAGUAAGGAAACUCGUCGUUCAGACUUCGUUUUCUACUCAGAUCGUAUCAUCCGUUUAUUAGUUGAAAAGGGUUUAGAUCAAUUACCAGUUGAAAAACACACAGUUGAAACUCCUUUGAAUGUUGAUUAUGAAGGUGUCAAAUUCUUGGGUAAAAUCUGUGGGGUUUCCAUUGUUAGAGCUGGUGAAAGUAUGGAACAAGGUUUAAGAGAUUGUUGUAGAUCUGUUAGAAUUGGUAAGAUCUUGAUUCAAAGAGAUGAGGAAACCGCUUUACCAAAAUUGUUUUUUGAAAAAUUACCUGAAGAUAUCUCAGAUCGUUAUGUGUUUUUAUUAGACCCAAUGUUAGCUACUGGUGGUAGUGCUAUGCUUGCUACUGAAGUUUUGAUUUCAAGAGGUGUUAAACCAGAAAGAAUUUUCUUCUUAAACUUGUUGACCAGUCCAGAAGGUAUUAAAAACUAUCAUUCAAAAUUCCCAGAAAUUAAAAUCAUUACUGGUGGUAUUGAUGAAAAAUUAGAUGACAAAAAACGUUUAGUUCCAGGUUUAGGUGAUUUUGGUGACAGAUACUAUUGUAUCUGA